AGUAAUAGAGAGAAAUAGAGAUAGAGCGAGAGAGAGAAAGAGAGAUAAUAUAGAGAAGAGAUUUGGCUAGAAAAUAUGUCUACAGCAAUGCGAACAACUUUGCAACCAGUUCCUGAAGCCCUGCCCGCAGAGAAUGUCUCAAAUGGGACGGCGACUGCGACGGCUGCAACGCCAACGUCGACGUCGACGGCAUCAAAUGCCACAACGACAGCCGCUGCUAGCACAACAACGUACACAACAAACACAAUCAGUAGCUCGGCGCAUUCUGUAAAGGAUCAGCAGCAGCAGCAGCAGCAUGACUCAGCCAAUGCCAACAUUGUCUCACUGCCACAACCACCAACACCAGCAACACCAGCCGCAACAGCAGCAUCAACAGCAACAACAACAGCAGCAACCACAGCGGCGGCAGCGGCGUCAGCAACAGCAGCUGGAAAUACGACAAUGUUGCCAAUCUCAUCCUCGAAUUCAGCCAGCAGUAGCAAUAAUACAACCACAAGCACACCUGUGGCAGCAGCAGCAGCAGCGGCAGCGGCAACAGUAACAAAUGCCGCACCACCAACGACAGCAAACACAAACCACGCGUCGCACCACCAGCACAGCCAUCAGCAUCAUCAUCAUGUCGCCAACAAUAUGGCCACAGACGGUGGACGACUAUCGAGCAAUAAUGCCAGCACAGUCAACAGUGGUCCACCACCAGCAUCAUCAUCAGCGAUCAAUCACCAUCAUCAUCAUCCACCGGGCGGUGGUGUCGGCGGCGUUGGGGGCGGUGUGGGUGGUGUCGGCGCCAGUUCCGUCAACAAGAAUGUUCUCAGCACACACUCGGCGCAUGCAUCUGCCAUCAAACAGCGAACAUCAUCAGCUAAGAUAAUCCCAUUAAAAAGAAAAAAUAUGAAAAACUCGAUUGCUCUCCAUAUCCAGCAAUAUAUCACAAAAUUUAUGCAUAUAAAUAUUAUUUUUGUUCAUUAGGAAUACGUUAAUACG